GUGGGGAAGGGGGUGGGGUCACGGGGCCAACGGACAAUCGGCGGCAGGUGGGUGAGCGGGUUUUUCAGAAAAGGAGAAGUUUAAGCAUGAGAGUUUCAUAAACGGAUGUACUCAAAGAUGCUGCUGACUACUGCUUGGUAUUGAACUGCUGAUUACCUCUUGGUAGUAGUGCAUGUUCAGUAUGGAAUCUGCUGGUAUUAACUGUGAUCAGACAGCUGCUCUAACCUACCAAGUACACCGCUCUGUUUUUAGCGCUGCAUCUUUUCAAGAGCAUCUACAUAAGAAGGAGAAAAAGCGGAUUCCUACAAGUGAAAGAUUACUGCAGCAUUUCAGGUGUUCAGUCACAAGGACAAAGUUAGUACUUUUAGGCUUCAUUCCCAUUCUACAAUGGCUACCCACAUAUUCAGUAAAAGAUAACCUUUUUGGAGAUAUAAUAUCUGGGUUGAGUACUGGAGUGAUGCAGCUACCUCAAGGUUUAGCAUAUGCUUUGUUGGCAGGUGUGCCUCCUGUUUUUGGCCUGUACUCUUCAUUUUAUCCAGUGAUCUUGUACCUGUUCUUUGGCUCAUCGAGACAUGUAUCAGUAGGGAGUUUCGCAGUUAUCUGUCUAAUGACGGGUUCAGUUGUUUUAAGGCUUGCACCAGAUGAACUGUUUGAGAUAUCUGCCUUAAAUGCCACCAAUAGCUCUGAGAUGCUUCAGAACAUCAAAGCAAGAGAUGAAAUGAGGGUGAAAGUAGCAUCAGCUGUUACCUUCCUUUCAGGAAUCAUGCAGUUUUCUAUGGGACUCCUACGGUUUGGGUUUGUGGCCAUUUACCUCGCAGAACCUUUGGUGAGAGGUUUCACUACUGCUGCAGCUAUACACGUCUUUUUGUCUCAGAUAAAGUAUUUUCUGGGAAUCAGUACUCAAAGAUUCAAUGGACCACUGUCAUCCGUUUACAAGUUGAUUUCUGUGGUUUCAAAAGUUAAGGAAACCAAUAUCACAGCCUUGAUUGUUGGGAUGAUUUGCGUCAUCGUCCUGUUUGCAGGGAAGGAAAUUAAUGACCGGUUCAAAUCCAGGUUACGUGUCCCGAUACCCAUGGAGCUCAUUGUGGUGGUCAUUUCCACCGGUAUUUCAGCUGGAUGCAAUAUGACUCAGAAAUAUGGAUUGGCUAUUGUUGGAAAGGUACCCACCGGGUUGAGAGCUCCAGUUAUACCUGACUUCAGACUCCUUUCUGAAAUAUAUAAAGAUUGUUUUGCAAUUGCAAUCGUUGGAUUCUCAAUGAACAUAUCAUUGGCAAAGAUGUUUGCUCUGAAACAUGGUUACAGUAUAAGUGGUAAUCAGGAGAUGAUUGCAUUGGGAGUGUGCAAUUCAAUUGGAUCCUUUUUCCAAACUUUUCCCAUCACUGCCUCUAUGUCUCGUAGCCUUGUUCAAGAGAGCACAGGGGGCAAUACUCAGAUUGCUGGAGGAAUAGGUUCUGCUAUUGUACUGCUGGUUAUUCUUGCUAUCGGUUCUCUCUUUGCACCUUUACCUCAGGCUGCCUUAGCUGCAAUCGUAAUGGUGAACCUCAAAGGAAUUUUUAAGCAAUUUCAGGACUUACCUCUUCUUUGGAGGACGAGCAAACUUGAAUUUCUGACCUGGAUCGUGGCUUUUAUAGCCUCUCUUCUUUUGGGAUUGGACCUUGGUCUUUUGGUUGCCGUGACAUUUGCCUUGAUUUUAGUUGUAUACAGAACCCAAAGGCCACAAUAUAGAAUUCUUGGUCAGGUACCAAAUACAGACAUCUACUGGAACAUUGAAGAUUAUGAAGAGAUUCGGGAAGUUCCUGGGAUAAAGAUAUUCCAAUCAAACUCCUCCAUUUACUUUGCAAACAGCGAGUUAUAUAUGGAUGUUUUGCGGGAAAAGACUGGAAUAGAUCCAAUUGCAAUAUCGUCAGCAAAGAAAAUACUUGCAGCAAAAAAUAAGGAAAGAAUCAAGAAAACUCAGAGAAAGAAAAAAAAAGGCAAAAUAACGAUGAAUGAAGCAGUAAUGGUUAUUGAACCCCAAAUUGAGGCACAAGAAACUUCAAAUAUAGAGAUCCAAAAUGGAUCUACCGUCAUAAGACCCAUGGAAUUUGAAACAGAGUACACCGAAGAAAUGGAAAGUUUAUUCAAGACCAUCGCUGAUGUGCAUUCUAUAAUUUUGGACUUCUCCUCAGUCAAUUUUGUAGACUCUGUUUCAGUAAAAGCAUUAAAAUCUAUGAUGAAGAAAUAUGAAGAAAUUGGAAUCAAUGUCUAUAUAGCCAGCUGUAAUGGGUCUGUUAUAGCAGAGUUGACCAGGCUUCAGUUUUUUGGAAAAUCUAUUACAACAGACCUAGUGUUUCAUCGUGUCCAUGAUGCUGUACUUUUCUGCCAACGUAAAGCAGCCUGUUUGGAAAACCCUCCUUUGUGAAGUUGAAUAUCUUUGAAAGAACGAUCUCCGAUGUAGCAGAGCAUUGAGCAAGAGCAAUUGCUUUGGUGUACUGUGCAGAAAAUAUUAGCAUUGCUGGAUUAAAGCACUUUCAGAAAUUCUAGUGGCUUCAAAUACUGCAGGUUCCCUUUGGAGGAAAAUUAACCCUUUCAGGGUUAGCAAAAGCAUCUGUUGUGCAAUUUUUUUGUUCACCGUUCUGAGUAAGAGUUAGCUAAUUUUAUCAAACAUCCUGGGCAGCUGUUAAUAACCUAUGUUUUGUUUAGAAUUUAUUUUAUGAAUUAUCUGUUAAUCUAUUAAUAUACAUUUCUUUUUGAAACAUACUUUCCAUAUUUCCUGUUUGUUUGUACAUUUAUAACUGAAAACCCUGCCUAAGACAACAGGCUGGCAGUCACACUGUAUCUCUGCUACUGGCUACUGCUUCUCUUGAGAAAAUGUCUAAAUCAGAUCUGCAUAAUGUUACUUCCUUACAACUUUAUACCCACCUCUUUCCUAUUUCUUUAGACCUAAGUGGGGAAUUACUAAGGGGAGGGGAAAGGGACAGAUUUUCAAUCACUCGGAGUAUACAAUGCAGCAGAUUGUGCACGAAACAGUGGUGUCACUUUUUGAUUAUUGCUGUACUGCAGAAUUACAUCAUGAGUUCGGCCUUAGUAUUCUUGGGCUGGGGGUGGGUGGAAGGUUAAGACUUUCACUUCCUGAAUGUCACAGGGACUUUUUCUGUGAAUGUCUGGUAAAGGCUGGAUAGGUGUUGCCAGCAUUGAUGCAUUUUCCAUUCCUCACCCACCUUUGCACAAUUGAAUGUUUUGCCAACAUUUGUUGUCUCGCCUGACUCAUGGAGAAGGGCAACUUGGGGGAAAUACCAGAGCUCAUUCUUUGGAGGAAGGGGCUAGAAAUGAACACACAGCUUUGAAUUGAUGAACAUGCCAGGUCACCUUAACCCUUAUAUUUGGGAAAAUUGCUUUUUCUUAAUGUUACUAUUUGCCUAAAAUGCAUCUGCCAUAUCAAAAGUAAUGUAAAUUUGAAAUACCAUUUAAAUACUCCUGUCUCAUCACACUGUAAUCAUGACCAUCUCCAUUCACAAAGGUUAAGUUAUAGUUCUAGCUUUAUCGUGUUUCCAGUUUUGUCCAUAUAAAAUUAGAUUUGCUUUUUUUGUUAGCUAAUGAGCAAGAUGCAGUACAAUUUGGGGUCUUUGACCUCCAUUCAGUAUUGCACAAUUUGCUCAUUGUGGAAAGCAAACUUUUUUAAUUUCUUGCUGAAUUUAAGACAUUAUAAAAGUUCUAAAUUUAUUUCAAUACAAAUUAAAUUAUUCUAUUGAAUUUGUACAGACAAUGUCUCCUGUUGACCAGGAACAUUCAAGUUACCUUCAUUAUGGAAACUAUUGAAGUCAGCUUUAUCUACUGUACGUUUCUUUACGGGUGCAAAAAGAAUCUCCAAAUCACUAAUAUGCAAUGUGUCCAAUGAAAAAAAGUUGACUUUUAUAAUUGAGUAAUGUAAGGAGGUUUUUUAUAUAAUCAUUGAUAUUUGAGAGUGGGAACAUCAUAUUUAAUAUGAGGUUUGUUAUAAUACUAGAAUGUGGAGUUCCAAGUUUUUUAUGACCUCAAAAUGAUUGAUUUAUCAAGAGAACAGUCCAUUUUACUUUCAAGCAUUGAACCUAUAUUUUUAAAUACAGAGCAGAUAAAAAACCAAAGGGGAACAGAGACAGAACAGAAUGCAAGUUCUAUAUAGAUUAAACAAGGGUGUGAUAAGUAAUUUUUAGGUUUUGUAAAUGAAAUAUUGAUAUAUUGCAGAUCAUUUCACCUUUCGGACAUUUUCUAUAACCUGUGUUUUGUGGUUAGUGGUAUCUCCUUUUCCAUUAUAUGAUGAAUAAAAUCAAUGGGGAACAUUCUUCACAAUCAGUGUGGCCUUUUAGCCAGUCACAGUUUUCAUUUCAUUGAUAUUUAUAAUUUUAUUACCUUUUUGGGGAGGAAGAAAAUUGAAUACUACAUAUCAGGCUUUAAGUUUGAAACUAUUAAGAAUAUUUUAGAAAUGAAAGGUCCACAUCUAUGUGUCAAGUUGAAUCACCUAGAAAACCAGUGUUAAACAUGAACAUCACAGUAGCGUAUAACUUAAUAUUCUAUAGUUCUAAGAAGAACCUUGAUAAUCCACAAUUUCUGUAUUUGCUUCCCUGACUCCUGUUUGCAUAAGCUAACUCAACAUUUAAAAAAUAUUCUUCAACAAUAAUAUUGUAUCUGUUUAAUAUCGCUUUAUGUAGGUCAUUACUUAUGUGCAGCCUCCAUUCUCAGCAUAGUAACAAUUUCGAGAAAGAACUGGACCACAGGUUAAGCUAACCUACCGAUUUUCCACAACAUUUCUUAAAUUGCUUCACUAAAUCCAUUACCCCACAAUCCUUUUAGUUGGCAAGAACUUAUCUAAUCCUUUUGUGUAAUCCAAUAUUAUUAUGUAAAACCAGAAUAUGCCUUUGUAGUUGAUAGUGCUUUGCUCUCUUUGGAUCACAGGAAAUUUGUUUUAGGUUUCGAGAGUGAUUUCAGUAUUCUUGUGCAAUAUACGGAUACAAUCUGCGAACUAGUAUAAACAGUAACUCAAAAUAGCAUAAACUUGAAUGAUCAGGUUAACACGGAGCAAUCUGAAUUCUGAAUGUUAAGGAAAUGUCUUGAGUCUGUUGCUUGUGCACUGUGUUCUAAACAAUUUUUGGAAUUGGUAGAGGGAUAGCUGCUAAUUUCAAUUAUCCAUCAGGGAGAGUCUAGUCUGCCUAUUAUGGUUGAUAAUAGAGAUUCUGCUGUGACAGAUUUGUAAGCAAACUUUCCUGUGGGAACUUGAUACACUGACUUUAAUUUAUUAAUUCUGUAAAAAUUAUGACCUGGCCUGAAAUGGCAUUUAUUGAUCCGCACAAAACCGUAAAUUAUCAUUGCCUCAGUCCUGGAGAAACACCUUAAUAAACUUUUUUUUGGGUAGAUGUACCGUGAGAGCAAACGUCUUAUGAAUGUGUAAUAGGUUUAAAUCAUGUAAUUAAACAUUUUUUGUGAGAUGAAAUGUAUUUUUGUACUUUAGUAUGAGGCAAGAGAUGUAUAUUGUAAGCUGUAUUUGUGUGUGAGACUGGUUUCAUUGUGUUAUUCGUGUGUGAAAAUAUGCAAUUCAUUUUAUAAAGAUUAGUUAUUUUAGUAGUGCUUGAAAAUACUCUUAUUUUCGUGUGUUUUAGUUUGAAGUAAAAUGCUCUUUUUUGUGGUUAUCCUGGAGCACUAUUGCUAUAUAAAAUUUGGUUUGCAAUACUCUGUAUAAGUAGAGACAAUAAGGAGAUCCUAGUUUUGUUUAAGAUAUGAACAUCUGUUUUCCUUGGCUACUGUAUGAGAGUAUCUCCUACAGCAACUGUGUCUGAUUGGCUUUCAGUGUAUUCUGUCCCAUAAACGCUUCUAAUAAAUAAAUAAAUUAUAUAUGAGAGUAAA